AUGCGACCAGGAGCACCCGUCGUCAGCCACGAUGUCGAGGGGCCGUUUAACCUCAUUGGGCUGGCGGCUGGCAGUGAACCUUGCCAGCAACCCGCCAUGAGACGUCGACUGAACGACGAGCCUCCAGUCUACAUCGACGUGUAUCCUUACGUCAGGUGGAUUAGGGGCGUUAUCUCCGCAAGCCUCCUGCCGCGUCCGUACCCCGAGAAUUUCAUCAUCGCCGAAGGAGGUUCAAGUUUCGGUAUUCGCGCUAGAUACAUGGAGAAGCAAAAGGAACAGAAAUAUGGAUGGAAAGGUCGCACAUUUGUUUCCGGCAAUUACUGUUAUAAAAGUUCUAAGCGCCAGAGUAGAACUGCAUUUUUCUAUUCCGAGAAAUUCGUGGUGGAAGCCGGUCCUCAAGCUAAGGUUACCGUGUUUAUUAAGAUCUCCGCUGGGAUCCAAUGCACCAUCACUUGCGCCCGAUUACUCGUGCCGAAUCAUAAGCAAACUCCGGUCAUAGACGGCGUUGGGGGCUUCAACAUUACUGUGCAGCUGAACUCCAACUGGUUCCCCAAGGCUUUCUACUUUACACUUGGUCUCAACGGCAAGAAUUCGAGCGCAAGCAACGUCGACUUGUGGUGGUCGCAACGUGGCCCAGGUGCUUGGUUAAACGGUAACGUUAUAUUUGGUGAUUACGAACGGGAUGAAGACGAGUGUUCAUUAACGAUGCAGGAAAUCAAGGAAGGGACCAAGUGUUCGCCCGCUUACUACGAGACCGCCAUCACCGAAAUCACUGCUCAUCCUGAGUAUACGAGAUUCGGAGUUCAUAACAGCUUAGCGCUCAUUAAAUUAGUACGUCCCUUGAAAUCGGGCUGCGGUAUACGUUCUGGGGCGGUGAUCAUAAGACAUGACUCCGACGGCAUGUUCCAACUCAUCGGGUUAUCGGUGGGCAGCGUGCCUUGUUUAAGGAGCUCCAUGAGGAGGCGGUUUAACAAGGAACCGCCACUCUACAUUGACGUGUACCCCUACGUCACAUGGAUUACCAGCAUGAUCAACGCUAACACGAUGCCGAAGCCCUAUCCAGCUAAUUUCAAGCUAUUACAAGCUGACCCAGUUCACCCAGAAGUCAAACAAUAUUUUACCCAUUGGAAGGGGCAGAAGUUGGCUUGGCGUGGCCAUACAUUCGUAGCCGGUAAUAGUUGCUUUAGAAAUUCCAAGCGCCAGAAGAAGAUGGCCUUUUUUUACUACGAGUCGUUCGCUGUAUGGUCUAAACCCCCUACGCGGUUGAAUAUAUUUAUGAAAAUUUCUGCAGGUAUAGAAUGCACUAUAACCUGCGCACGGCUUUUACUCCCUAAUCAUAAGUCUACACCUAUUAUCGACGGUGGUGGUCACAACGAGGUCCAGGGA